AUGUACUUAUAUCAUAGACGUUAUACAAGUAUUGCAUCAUUUGUCCCUAAUGCAUCAUCAAACGAGCAAACUUCAAGAGCGAUUUACAAAACAUUAACAACGUUGGAUGCUGGCCAGCUCAGUGGUCUAGAGAUUACACGUUCACGCGCAAGACCGAUAAGUUCUUUGUUCGGAUUUCAUGGGGUGGGAUUAUGGAUACGCACUGCUGAGGAGUCUCACGAUGGGACGAAACGGCCAUACAGUGCCUCCAGGUUUUCCAUGAUGAGUUAUACAUUCAAUGGAUUUAUAACAUUUUGUAUUAUGAUCUUAAUAUUGAAUAAACAAUUUUAUGAAUUAAAUGCUGUUUAUCUACCAUUUAAUUAUCGAUGGCCAAUUGUACCAUAUAUGGAUGAUGAUGACGAUGGAUUACCACAUCGUAUACUUCCAUCUAUUUCUUCAUUAUCACAUUUACAUAAAAGAGGUCCAGAAUUAAUUAUUCCAUUUAUUAGUGGUGGUGUUCCAGCAAAGAAAUCAGAUAUUGAUUAA